AUGGAUAAUUUUGAAACAAUUAAUAUUAACAAUAAAUUAAGUGAUAAUAUUAUAGAUGUGAAUAAUAACUGCGAUAUUCUGGCCGUCGAUGUGAAAGAUAUUGUAUUUGAAUACAAACGCGAUGUCAAAGUUCUUAACAAUUUGUCUCUUCAGAUACCAAAAGGCAAAAUAUCUGCACUGUUGGGUCCAAAUGGGACGGGAAAGACGACAUUAAUCCAGACAAUAUUAGGGCUGCAUAGGCCUACUUCCGGAUCAAUCCAUGUGUUUGGCGUUAAGCCGGGUUUGAAAGAAUCGGAUAUUCCGGGUCCGGGCGUCGGUUAUAUGCCUCAGGAGUUGGCGCUCUUUGAAGAGUUCACUAUCAAUGAAAUACUCAAUUAUUACGGAAUGAUAUAUCAUAUGAAUCGCGAAGAAGUGAUGAACAGAAUUGAGAAUUUGCGCGAAUUAUUGCAUUUGCCUGAAAAGAGUCGACUAAUUAGUCAAUUAAGUGGUGGGCAAAAGCGCCGGGUGUCGAUCGCCAUAACAAUGUUACACAAACCCAGACUCGUUAUAUUGGAUGAGCCCACUGUUGGUGUGGACUCUUUGCUCAGGCAUAAGAUAUGGCAGUAUUUGGAGCACAUGUGCAAAACUGAUGGUCAAACAGUGUUGAUAACAACACAUUAUAUCGAAGAGGCCCGGAGUGCGGGUAACGUAGCAUUUAUGAGUGCGGGAACUAUCCUUAAACAGUCGGAACCAAAUGAACUGAUGGCCGAAUACGAGUGCCCGACACUGGAGGACGUGUACUACAAGUUAUGUAUUAAUCGACGCAAUUCUCAGCACAAAUUACAUGAACUCAAACCGGAAAAUACCUCAAACAAAGAGAUCAAACCAAAGCCGGUCAUCAAACCACAGGCCAAACCCUUCAUUGACUUUCAGCGCGUAUUGGCUUUGCUUUGGAAAUACUAUACCUUAACGAUGAGAAGGCCUUUUUUCUUAUACGUGUACUUUCUGUUACCCCUGAUUGUGCUGACAUGCGUUCGGUACGCCAUCGGACACACUCCACGUCACGUGCCUAUAGUUGUGCACAACGGCGAGAUGGAUGCGCCCAACUCUGAACUUUCCCGACAAUACAUCGAAGCCAUAGACAAAGAGUACGUUCAGAUCCAUGAGGUGAGAGACUUUGACGACGCGUACAAAUCGGUGGUCAAUGGCACCAAUUCGCUCAUGAUCUCACUUAGCCAUAACUUUACGGCCCAAUUCGAGACCCGUAUGUUAGACUAUUUAACUUUGGACGAAGUUGAGCUAGAUGAAAGCAAAAUCAAACUCUACGUGGACUUUACAAACCCGGCCAUCACUGUAUAUGUGUUGAAGUUUAUAAAGUAUGCGCUCAACACUAUGUUAGAGCAAAACACGUAUCGUUUUGGCGAAAAUUCAGUCCGUUUUAUGCAUACACUGGAUAUUAAAGAGCCCGUAUACGGCACAUACGAUUUCUCAUUGGCUAAUCAAUUUGGUCCCGGAGUGCUGCUCGGUAUAUGUCACAUAUUGCCCAUGAUCAUUGCCGGCCUACAGAUUAUCAACGAUCGCAAAAACAAUUGUCUCGAGCGAAUCAAAUGCGCCGGAAUUAAACCCAUUGAGAUAUAUUUGGCUCAUUUGUUACAAAAUAUUCUCUUAAUUGCUAUUCAAAUGUUGUUCACAAUGUUUAUAGCGUUUGUUAUUUAUGAAAAUGAACAAAAAGGCAGUUAUUUUGAGGUUUAUUUAGUUUUAUUUUUUACUGGUAUACAAGGCAUGGGUUUUGGUUUACUAACCGGUCUUUUAUUGGAUAGUGAACCGACAUUUUUAGUAAGUAUUUGUAUUAAGCUUAAUCAAUAUGGUUGAUUUAUAAAAUAAAUAUUUUCUUUAGGUAGGAGUUGUAUUUUUAAUGCUACCUCUAUGGAUAACUUCGGGCAUAAUAUGGCCUUUGCAAGCAAUGCCAGAUUAUGUUCAAAAAAUCACCUCGUUUGGUCCGCUCACACUCAUACUGGAGUCCAUGCGCUACGUUAUGCUCCGCGGCUGGACUUAUCACAAAUUACCGGUUCUCUUAGGAUACUCCGUAUCAUUUGCCUAC